CUCUGCUUUUCUCAAUCACCUACGAUACCAUCUUGUUCAUACUUUGUCUGUCCAUACUCACAGUACUCACUGAGCGUCCUUUCUAGCGACCGAUCCCAUACUCCAUUAACGUCUGACAUUUCUUUUUUCCUCUGACCCUCUCAAUUUUAUUCAUUUAUUUAUCCUACUCAUCACAAUGGCUGGCUACUUCUCGAACCACUCGCAAUUCCAGACUCGUUUUGCAAAUGUAGCAUCUAGCACUACCACAACCACAACCACAGCUACAACCACACCCACCAUUACAACAGAGACGCGUCCGCGACCCCCUACAAGCAGGCAUUUCUCCACUUCCGUCUCACACCCGCCACACGAAGACCGUGACCGGGGCGCCGAUGUUCCCGCGCCGCUAUCCGUUCACCCUCUCCGGAAUACGUGGGUUUUUUGGUUCCGACAACAGCGCGCUCCGGGAAAUAAAAUCACUAAUUAUGAGGAAGGCAUCAAAAAAAUCGCUUCUUUCUCCAGUGUUGAAUCUUUCUGGGGACUUCAAACACAUCUCUCACCCCCCUCUGCACUCGUGCCCACUACAGACUACCUCCUGUUCCAUGCUGGUGUUCGCAGGCCUGUGUGGGAAGACCCCCUGAAUCGUACUGGUGGGAAGUGGAUUGUGCGAUUGCGUAAGGGAGUAGCAGACAGGGUGUGGGAGGACCUCGUUAUGGGUGUUGUGGGCGACAUGUUUGAUGAAUGUAGUACACAGGGGGAAGGGGAAGAAGGAGGGUGGCCAGAAAUUUGUGGUUGCACCAUCAGCGUGCGUCAGAGUGAGGAUAUCGUGAGCUUGUGGAACCGCGUCGAUGGGGACGCUAAGGUGCGGGAGAAAAUUCGGGAUACCUUACGUGUUGUGCUCAACCUUCCUCCAUCGACUAUCAUGGAAUAUAAAUCUAAUAACGACUCCAUGCAAGAUAAAUCCUCAUUCCGCAAUUCCGCAAUCGAGAGGAUGCCCACCAUCGCUGCUGCGUCGUGACAGUCUUUUUUGGUGUCAUGGCACGAAUCCUGUUCAUUCUAUCCUGUGUUUUUGGUGUACAUGCAACAUCACACGAACAUAAUACUUUCUUGAUGUCCUGAUUUUCUUAUCAGCAUACAAGGAAAUAAUCGAAUAUGAAACUGUAGCUCGAAUUUUGAAUUGUAGUAGCAGACAGUUGUAGGGUUUUUUGUGGAACCCGACAAGUACUCCAACACAGAUUAUUCAUUGCUCUCAAGCCCAGCGCUAGCUGACUGAGUAGUGGGAGGAUAACUAUAAUAUUUCGGC